AUGUACCGGCUGUGCACAGAGCACAAGAAGACUAAGCGCCGUGGUGACUUGAAUGGUCACAUCAACUUUCUAUUUGACGGAUUUCUCCCUUGGGCAAUUGAUGGCGGUCUCUUUACGUCAACGCUUACUGCUACACGAUCAUCGACAACGUGCGCUCACGGAGAAAGACUUGCUGCUGUCAUCUCACACUUCGUAUCCGACACGGAAGACAGUCCAUCCUUUGUCCCUUCAGUCGAUUACAACGUUUCCGAAGUUGAAGUGGAUAAUCGCAAUGGCCGCGCAAUCAUCCUCGGCGUUGUUCGCUAUAUCAUGAACGCCAGCGGCAGAUUAUUUCAACCAGCAAUAUUGUAUCUACUGCACGGCCUCAUCGAAGGCCUGAAGGUGCGGUACGAGCGAGUUUCAUCGCAUCAUAAGCUUGAUAUCUCGGAGAUCACCGAGAUUCUUAGCUUGUCGCGACUGCCCGGAAUGCCUGAGGUAGCAAGCGACUUGCACAGCAUUCACUGUCGAAAGCUCUGCGAUCUUCUCGAUUCUGGUCUAGAGGCGAAGGACAUACCCACCGACGAAACUUUACGCGCAAAAUGCCAGAAGCUAGAGAACCCAGUGGAUCAGUCUGCAUUACCAGCAUCGUUCGACAAGAGUGAUACCGGGUCGCCCUCUAUUCAGUCUUUCUUGAAAGACCUCCACGAAUCGAAACAUAGCUGCAUACAGGGCCCAUCCUUCGCGCCGGCUUGUAAGAGCAUGAUCGAGCUCCUCGACCGGACAGAAGUAGUGAGCGUCGAUCCCAAUGAUCUGCACACCAUAUUGGCAGCACUAUGGGAAGAGGCAGAGAUUCGCGACUUCAUCAGACCAUUUGCUGUGCAUCUGCCACCCUUGCUGUUCCAUCCCACAUGCAUUCAAGUUUGUGCCGCGAACAGCCAAGGAGAGGAUGGUUCGGAGUCAGACCUCACUGUUCUCCUAUCUAAAGCCAUGUUGCGUCUUACGAAGCUGUCCAAGGGAAGAUCCUAUGUUCUAGCAGUAUUUGCCCAAACAUUACGCAAAGCUGCAUUUGCAAACCCAUCAAUAAUCUCAAUACUUCCCUUCGAAGACUAUAUUCUUGACUUCGUCAACGAUCCGGCAUCUAUUAGACCGGAGUUCUUGUUCGAGGUUGCCGCUGCCGAUAAGCUUCAGCGAUAUCUACCGCAUCGGACAUACGCCUCGUAUUACGGCAUGCGAGAAUGGCACGCAUAUGCGGCUGUCAUAGAUUUGUUACGGCGUUGUCCGGAAGAGCAAAUAAGCGCUGCUCAAAGAAUACUGGAUCAAUUGCUACAGCCCUGGAGAAGCCAGAAACCACCAGUCGCCGUCAAAAGCCCAUGGAAGAAGACGUUCCAGCUACAAGCGAUGCUGGUAAUGACUCACUAUUGUGUAACGGAAUCCGACGUGGAUGCGUACCUCGAUGGUCUUACACACGCCCUGUCGUUAGAAUCAUGGCCGCGAUACCGCUAUUUGCUCGAAUGGACCAUUGCUCGCAUCUACCGUCGAUUUCCAGGAAAAUCUUUGCGCAUUGUGGAAGAGCUUGGAAAUUUGGAAGAGUACAGCCCUGUACACAUUGCUAGUCUGAUCAAACUUGGUCUUCUCGUCGCACCAUACGAGUCUCAGGACUUUGCCGUCAAGCUCAUUACUGAACUGAACGCUUACUCUGCCAGUCCUAAGGUACAGAUCCGCCACGAAGCGAACUUUGCGUUCCCACUAGUCUUUGAUCUAGCCGUCAAUAAAAAUUGGAAAGAUAUCAUUGAGAGCCCUGCGUUCGCAGGUAUGAACGCUUUCAUUCGCCGAUUGGACAAGUUCAAUGCAUCGCCUUGGACGAUAAGAACACUGAAAGUCGACAUUGAACAGGACUACACUCUUGCAGGUAUAUUCCAAGGACGAUAUCUCUCAAUCGAAACACCAGAAGAGGAGCUCGUAACGCACGAGGACUUUGAGACACUCGAGAGUGAAGACAAAUCAGACCAUGUAAACCAGCCAUCUGCGCGCAUACAGCUCGGAAAAAUGACCACAAAUCGUUUCGACAUCACCACACCAGCUAUAUCGAUCCCGGCCGUCUCCGCCUUAGAACCUGCCGGCCAAAUAACCCUCCAAACCAAAGCCGGUAUCGACCUAGAUAAUCUCCACCUUCCUGGCGGACCACCCAGCACCCAAAACCAACGUCCCGCCUCCGUUAUGCUCAUUGCCUCUUUAAUAGAUAACCCCACGAACCUCGGUGGCCUUUCCCGUAUAUCCGAGUCUUUCGGGCUCGAAGCUCUUUACAUCGAUGACCUCAAGAAAGUCGUGCAAAAGGACUUUAAGGCUACCAGUGUGCGGUCAGAGAAGCACUUGUCUAUCAAGGAGUUGAAGGAGGUGAGUGUACCGGCGUUCUUACUUGAUGCUAAGAGUAAGGGGUACGAGGUUGUGGGUAUUGAGCAGACGGACCGUAGUGGUAUUUUGGGUACUGAGGAUGAUAAGAAUGAUGUGAUGGAUGGGAACGGGGAAGAUGGAGGGAAAUUCAGGAGCCAGGAUACUGGUACGCUACCGAAGAAGUGCUGUUUAGUGCUCGGUAGUGAGAAGGAAGGGAUUUCAGCGGAGGUGCUGGCUGUUAUCGAUCGUAAUGUUGAGAUUAAGACUGUGGGUGUUACUAGGAGUUUGAAUGUUCAAACCGCAGGUGGCAUUGCGCUAUACGAGUGGUGGAGAGAAUGGGGCCGCAAGGCCUAA